UGUACUUUGAACUAAGAUAUUGUGUUUAUAUGGAACAUAGUGUCCUUAACGUAUUUUAUUGAAGUAAAUGAAGUCCAAGAGGAGGGUCACGAUAAGAAAAUUGGACAUGUGCAAGGGAAAGGAGAACCUCCCGUUACAGUGGUCCAACGCCUCCGUCAGCUAUAAUGAAGAUAUCAAGGAAACCGUGUUCGGACUCAACCUGAAGGUGCUCAAGGAAGUCAGUAAUAAUUUUUCGAUGUCGUUUACUUUUUGGAAAUGUGAUGCUUCGGGAAACCCAGAUAGUUGCGAAUAUGUUCUGAAAGACUAUAAGAACAAGGAAAUUUGCAAAUAUAUGGUGAUGAAGAACCAAGCGUGGACUCCAUUCAUGGAGCACUUUGAUAAGCCUGUCUUAUGUCCAAUCAAGCCGGGAGAAUAUAGACUGGUGGACUGUCCUGUAAAAUCCGAUUUUCUCAGAUUACUUCCGAUAGGAGACGCCAUGUGGAAAAUAAAACUGUGGGGUUUUGAUUCCGAUACGCCUAUUUCAUGUGUGGAUAUGGAACUGCAAAUAGCUCCGUUUUUGGGAGGAAGAAGAAGAGGUUAA